UCUCGAAAUAUCAUAAACCAUGGAAACUCCAUCAUCAGCCUCAAAUGUCUCAUCCUUUCUUGAAUGCCUCUCUCAAGAAUGUGAGAACUACUCUUCCAUCACCAACAUUGUUUACACUCCUUCAAACCCUUCAUAUGAGACCGUCCUUGAUUCCACCAUACAAAACUCGAGAUUCGCAUCUGAAUCCACUCCCAAACCGCAAGUGAUCAUAACCCCAGAAAACGAAGCCCAGAUCUCAUCGAUCAUAUGCUGUGCUAAAAAGACCGGUCUGGAGAUUAGAACCCGAAGUGGAGGCCAUGACAUGGAGGGACUGUCUUUCGUCUCGAAAGUCCCAUUCGUAAUCAUUGACUUGGUCAACCUCAGCAAGGUCAUAGUCGAGGUCGAGGAGAAAACCACAUGGGUCGAAGCAGGCGCAACCACUGGCAUUGUACACUACAACAUUGCGCAAAAGAGCUCCACUCUGGGAUUUCCCGGGGCCAUUGCUCCAACUGUCGGAGUUGGAGGGCACUACAGUGGAGGAGGCUACGGCACGAUUUUUAGAAAAUAUGGCCUGGCUGCAGAUAACGUAAUUGAUGCUAGAAUCGUCGACGUCAAUGGAAAUAUUCUCGACAGAGAAUCAAUGGGCGAGGAUCUGUUCUGGGCGAUCAGAGGCGGAGGAGGUGCCAGUUUUGGUGUGAUCACUUCCUGGAAGAUCAAACUGUUGGAUGUUCCAGAAACAGUCACUGUUUUCUCAGUCAACAGGAGCGUGGAGGAACAAAACGGCGUUGACCUGUGGCACCGCUGGCAAUACGUAGCGCCUCAAGCAGACAAAGAUUUGUUCGUCGGAGUCAUCGUACUAAGGGUGGAGACGACCGUCCAAGUUAACUUCUUCUCAGUUUUCCUAGGCGGCGCCGACAGGUUAGUUUCUUACAUGCAAGAAAUCUUCCCCGAGUUAGGGCUAGUGAGAGAAGACUGCACAGAAAUGAGCUGGAUCCAAUCCACCUUAUUUAGCAACCAAAUGCCGAUCGAUCCACUAGAAGCUCUGCUCAACCGGACUCCGACGGGCGUCAGGCAACUCAAAGCCAAGUCCGAUUAUGUCAGGAACCCGGUUCCUUUGACCGCGAUCGAAGGCAUGGUGAGUAUGCUACGCGAACCGGAAGCAAAUGCGACUAUGUACUACAUGGUUCCGUAUGGCGGAAAAAUGAAUGAAAUAUCAGAAUCCGAGACUCCGUUUCCUCACAGAGCCGGUGCACUCUACAAGCUUGCUAGCCUGACAUACUGGGAAGACUCCGAGGCUGCAGAUUCGGAGAAAUACAUAAGCUGGAGCCGAAGGUAUUACGAAUUCAUGACUCCUUACGUGUCGAGCUCGCCCAGGGAAGCGUAUCUCAACUACAGAGAUCUCGACAUUGGAGUGAAUAACGUUGUUGGUGAGACGAGUUAUGAACAAGCCAGUGUUUGGGCGAAGCCGUAUUACAAAGGCAAUUUCGAUCGUCUUGUUCAGGUGAAAACCGCCGUUGAUCCGGACAAUUUCUUUAGAAACGAACAGGGCAUUCCACCGUUGCCAUGUGCCGCAGAUAUUUGAGUAUGGGGAUUUACAUAUUUUGUUUCAAUUUGUGUGUUUAUUUUGUUAAUGAACCAUUUGUACUAUUGUAUUAAAAAUCAUUUUCUUGUUAUUCAAUUAUAAACAUUUCUUUUGUUACAU